GGGCCGGGAAGGGGGACGGAGCGCGGCGGGCCGGCCGGAGCGCGCUCGCUGGGCCGCCAAGUGCCAACUUUCCCCGGAGCGAGGGAGGGCGCGCACCGUUAGGGCGCGGGGCAGUUAGUGGGAAUUUGAGAAUUUAGGGAAGGAAGUCCGAUCCCCUUGCCCCCUUGCCCCUGCUCCAAAUCCCCAUUAAAAAGACAAACACCAGCUGUAACGACAAACUUGCUCUGACUCCGUCUGUCCCGCUCCUGCUGGCACCAUGAAGGCGGCCGUCGAUCUCAAACCAACUCUCACCAUCAUCAAGACGGAGAAGGUCGACUUGGAGCUUUUUCCCUCCCCGGAUAUGGAGUGUGCAGAUGUCCCACUGUUAACUCCAAGCAGCAAAGAAAUGAUGUCUCAAGCACUGAAAGCUACUUUUAGCGGUUUCACUAAAGAACAGCAACGACUGGGAAUUCCAAAAGAUCCCCGGCAGUGGACAGAGACCCACGUUCGGGACUGGGUGAUGUGGGCUGUGAAUGAGUUCAGCCUGAAGGGUGUGGACUUUCAGAAGUUCUGCAUGAACGGAGCGGCCCUCUGUGCCCUAGGAAAAGACUGCUUUCUUGAGCUGGCCCCAGACUUUGUUGGGGACAUCUUAUGGGAGCAUUUAGAGAUCCUGCAGAAAGAGGAUGUGAAGCCGUAUCAGGUUAAUGGAGUGAACCCCACCUAUCCAGAGUCCCGUUAUACCUCGGAUUACUUUAUUAGUAGCCAGCCUAUUCCACAUCGUGGGGGUGAAGAACUGCUGGCUUUAAUAGAAAGCUCUCCCCUCUCCAGCUGCAAACCCUCUCUGUUUCCAGGCUAUGGUAUCGAGCACGCCCAGUGCGUCCCUCCGUCGGAGUUCUCUGAGCCCAGCUUCAUCACAGAGUCCUACCAGACACUCCAUCCCAUCAGUUCUGAGGAGCUCCUGUCCCUCAAGUAUGAAAAUGACUACCCUUCAGUCAUUCUCCGGGACCCUCUCCAGACAGACACCUUGCAGACUGACUACUUUGCCAUCAAACAAGAAGUCGUCACCUCAGACAACAUGUGUGUGGGGAGGACCAGUCGUGGUAAACUCGGGGGCCAGGACUCUUUUGAGAGCAUAGAGAGCUACGAUAGUUGUGACCGCCUGACCCAGUCCUGGAGCAGCCAGUCAUCUUUCAACAGCCUGCAGCGUGUCCCCUCCUAUGACAGCUUCGACUCAGAGGACUAUCCAGCUGCCCUGCCCAACCACAAGCCCAAGGGCACCUUCAAGGACUAUGUGCGUGACCGUGCUGACCUCAACAAGGACAAGCCUGUCAUUCCUGCUGCUGCUCUGGCUGGCUACACAGGCAGUGGACCGAUCCAGCUGUGGCAGUUUCUUCUGGAAUUACUCACUGAUAAAUCCUGUCAGUCUUUUAUCAGCUGGACAGGAGAUGGCUGGGAAUUCAAGCUUUCUGACCCAGAUGAGGUGGCCAGGAGGUGGGGAAAGAGAAAAAACAAGCCUAAGAUGAAUUACGAGAAACUGAGCCGUGGCUUGCGCUACUAUUACGACAAGAACAUCAUCCACAAGACAGCCGGGAAACGCUAUGUGUACCGCUUUGUGUGUGACCUGCAGAGCCUGCUGGGGUACACACCCGAGGAGCUCCACGCCAUGCUGGAUGUCAAACCCGAUGCCGAUGAGUGAUGGACACAGACGCAGCUGGGGACACUGCCAAGACGUUUCACAGAACAACCGCGUCAGCCGGACUCUCGAUUUUUAAUUGUUAUUCUAUUUUUAAUUUUCCAGAACUCAUUUUUUACAUUCAGGGGUGGGAGCUAAGUGAGCUGCAGCUGUAAUCAUUGUGCACGGUUGGAAAAGGAAAACCAGGACUUCUGGGGUGGGUGGGACAAGAAAUUCUGGAGCAAAUUUUCAGGAGAGAGAGAGAGAGAAGGAUCUUCUUAGAAGCCUGAAGAAUCUGGCUUAAGGGAGGAAAAGAUUAACGUGUCCAAUCGCUUUUUAAAAUUGUCCAUGAAAAAAUGUGUCUUGAGUUAUGGACCCAUUAGCAAGAGAAAUCGACACGUUGGGAGUCAUGAGACUGGUGAAAGGCAAUUCAUUUGCUUUCAUUUUUAGGUCGGGGAGGGCAAAAAAGGGAGGUGGGAUAAAACGUUUUGUUUGGGGCUGCACAAAACAACCAAGAACUAUUGACCUUUAUUCUACUUCUGCAACAAAAAUGGACUUCCGCGGGGAGGGGCCGAAACUGUUUUUGUGUUAAAAUUUAUUUUAUUAAAUUUUGUGCCAGUAUUUUUUUCUUAAAAAUCGUCUUAAGCUCUAAGGUGGUCUCAGUAUUGCAGUAUCAUGCAAGUGUGUGUUUAUUUGUCGGCUGAGGAUUCUGUCACAGUGAAAGAAAACUGUUUAUAUAGACCCCACUGGAAAAGCAAAGCCCUGUCACUGAGAUCGGGAUCCCCAGUUUAUGUGAGACCUUAUAUGAAGGAAGAACUAAUGCUGAUUUGAGUAUAAGGGCAUUGUGCAUGGGAAUUUCAUCAGUAAUUUAAAAAACGAUCAUCACACCCCUUUACUUAUUUGUCAUUAGUGGAUUCUCGGGGCUCGGACUUAAUGUAGAGCUGAGAAACAUGAAGUCUUUGAACUGAAUGUAUUUGCAGGCCUGUAUUUGGUGGACUACAUACAAUAUAGGGCGCUGUUGAGGUGUGGGAAGGAAAUGGAAGGAGGAAGAAUGACUUGGUACUUGACUGGAAUAAAGCUAUGUGCGUGAGCAUUCGCCCUCAGGUCUGAAGGAGUAAGUCCAGAAUGCUGGUAGUUCCCUACUCACCUCACGCUUUCUCCCCUAUGCCAUCUUAUUCCAGCACCCCACAUCUGUCGCUUCCCCCUCCUCACUUACUCAGUAGAGAGAAAAGCACAGCUUUCUGAGCAGUGAGUGGAAGAGUAGCUGCCGACUUGCCAGGAGUCGAAGCGUUUAAAGCCGUUUAGACUUGCUGGGUUUUAGAAGAAGCAGUGGGCAUUAAGAGAGCCUGUAAGUAAAAUGUGACUUGACUGUCUCCAGGAGAAGUGCAAGACAUUCCUUUGAAGAGUUUCAAAUAGUUGAGAUUUGGAAUGUUAGGCGAGACUGGGUGUGCCGGGAAAACAGUACGGAUGAUCUUAGGGCCUGGUGCCUGGAUCUCUUACCCUGGCACGGGGGAGGUGAGAAGAGUAAUAACUGCAGGAGAGGAAUGGCUUGAAGGCAAAGGAAACACAAAGGAAGGAACUUGAGUGAAGAAAAUAAGGUGGUCUGUGGCAUCUGAAUGUUUUUAGUACCCCCAAAGUUUAAACAUGAUCAACUGAACUGGUCGGCUGGUUUGUGAGAGGUGAUCUGAAACUGGGUUAUUUGGGAGAAACCAGCAUCUAAUUAGUGAGAAGCGCCUCAUGUGAUUAGAAUCCAGCCCAACAUAUAGAUGCCUGAUCAAUAAUAGCAUGAUGGAAGCAGGAAGGCUUUACAGAUUUCAGUCAGAGAGGUGAAGAAGCAUUUUAGAUGGGCUUCUCAAGGCUAGUCCGUUUUGACCUUUAGCUGAGGAACUGGAAGUACUGUCUUCUGGCUUAUCUUCAAGAACAUUCAUGGUUUCCUCCCAGGUCCUUUUGCAGACCUUGAAUGAUCAGGAACCUGGCUAUGUGAUUCAUGAGUCUCCUCAUACUCUUAGACUAGUGAAGCCACGUGACAAGCAAAGGCAGAGUAUAUCCCAGCUGUCUAUUUUAAUCUCCUUUCAGAUGCAGGUGCCUUAAUAAAGCUCUCAAAGUAUUUUAGGAGCUGCUCAGGGAGUGUUAGGGGAAACUGUUUGGACCACAUUGUCUUCUCUAUGAUGAGGUGAUCUUCGUUGGGCACUGGCAAAGGUGUGUGUGUGUGUGUGUGUGUUUAUGUGUGUUUGUGUCUGAGAUCAUACCUGAGUUACCUAGUUAAGUCUUUUCACAUUUCAGCAAUGGGCAAGAGUAGAACCUUGGUCAGGCAUAGAUCAUUGCUUGCUGUUUGCAACCAGGCAUAAAAUCACCUUCUCGACUCAUCAACCUUCCUAUUAAAUUUAUGCAGAAAACUCCCCUUCUCUUUGUCUAACUCGGGCAACUCCAUAGCAGAUAAGAGAUCAGAAAGUGCCUCCUAGUGCUCCUAAUCCCACUUGUGUUUUAAGAUGCCCUUUCUCCCUAGGUCCACCCUUUUCAGUGUUUGUAGAUAGCGUGUUAGUUAAGACAGCUUUGUUGAUCUGGUCAGAUGCUUUUUCCUGUCUAAAGGCCAGAGACCAUCCCAGGAAGAGUGGUGGGUGGUUUAUACACUGGAAAUGUAGCAGAAUUGUUGCAUUUGUGCUUUUUCAAAACAUGUUAACUUCAGAGGAAGGAUGAGCCAAUCGGUUUAACUGAAUGGAAGCCUUACUGUCCUGGAGAUGCCUUACCGAUGUCGGUUUUGGCUUUGGGGUUCAGAGUCACUUUUGUUCCCUUCUCCAUUCAGGGGAGGGACUUCCUGCUAUAUAGCCGCGACUGGUGGCUAUGGGGGUUGGAGGGAGCAUUCAGAGAUCAGAUGGGCUUAUCCUUACUCUGGAGAUGAACACUCUGGGUUUUAGAGCAUUAACCUGCCUGACCUUCAUGGUGAAAAAUACACCUUGUCUGUCUUGGUCAUGCUGUGCAUGCGGCUUUCUCUGUUGGGGUCUAUAUAAAUGUGUUCAACUCUUACCUACAUUCCAAAGACGUUUCAAGGAACAAUAAAUAUAUGUAUACAUAUACAUAUAUAAACUAUAUAUAUUAAAAUGGUCAUUAUCUCUUUCAGGAAUACUGCCUCAGUUAUUAAACUUUGGUUAAGAAUACUUUUGUUUUUUUUAAGCUGAGACAUAUAGGGGUGAAAAAGAUGUUAUAUUAUGUUUGACUAUUUUCCAGCUUGUAUUUUCAUAUAAUUUAUAUUUUUUAAAAGCUGAAAAUUUAAAAGCAAGAUUUUAAAAAAAAAGGAAAAGCAGGUGCUUUUAAAAAUCAGAACUGAGGUAGCUUUAGAGAUGUAGCGAUAUGUCUUUUUUUUUUUUUACUGCAAAAAAAUUUUCUUAUGGGGGAGUUUUUGGUUUGUUUAUUUUAGUAGCUGAUGCUGGCACAUCGUUUUGCUGGAGAGUUUUUUAUAUACUGUAGUCUGAUUUCAUAUUGUAUUUUAAACUGUGUGAGAUUAAAAACAAAGACAUUCAUUCAUAA